AAUUAAUCGACGGUCGUUUGUGGGGAAACCUGAAGACUGCUAUACGGGCGAAAGUGUAUAUGGUCAACGUUAUUUUUGCUGUUGUAUGCCUCAUCGCGCGUCAUGUGUUGCCAGGGUGUGAAUACGUGUGAUCUGUACUAUUUGCGAGAUUCUCGUUCACGCGAUGAGCGACCAUUUUUACGCUGCAUUAUAUACCAACUCAACCUCACGUAAAUGACACAAUUCUGUACACUGAUGACACUGGGAUUUCGGAGAGCCCUUCUCUGAUAUAUAGAAAACUCAUGCAGCAGAUCACAUUCUUCAGCGCUGAAGAACGUGGAUGUGUAGGCUGAAAAACUUGUUCCGUGGAGGAAACGUUUUCUGGCACAUGAAGGCCUCUCGGUUUCGACUGUUCCGGACGAAAUUUUCCUUCGAAUCAGGCACUCCAUCAUGUCGGCUUGUGGUGCACUGAGAUGCAUCUUGUCGGUGGUGUGGUACAUGCGCUGCUUGCCUUUGCUGACAGCGUUGAAUCCUCUGCAUCUUUGUUCGUUCCUAUCGCGGGUCAUUCAACAUGGAGGAGGCAAGUUCUUCGUUUUGCUCAUUAGCGUAUACAUGCUAGUUCGAGGGGCUGUAGGAGGAAUGGCGCAGGCCGCGUUGCUUCCCUACUUCAGAGAGCGGAGCUAUGAUGCUAUUGCAUACCAGCGUGUAGAUGCGAUAGCAAACAUUCCGUUUUGUCUGAAAGGGCUCAUGGGUUCUCUUAGCGAUGCACUGCCUCUCGGCGGGUAUCGAAAGAAGUACUACAUGGUAUUAGCAGCGCUGGCAGGUGUACUGGGAGUAUGUCUCUUUUCGUUUGUGUCGGACACGUUCAGCACGAGACAUAUCUGGCUUGCUACUGUCUCCAUCUUCCUCAUCUUUUUUGAAAUAGCCACUUGCGAGCUCAUGUGCGCCGGCAUGUAUAGCGAGCUCAUGUCAACUAACUCUACAGUCAAAUCUGAUUUUGUCACGUUCGCCUUCUUCAACUACACAGUCGGCAACCUCUUUGGCCGCGGCAUUUCCGGCGUUAUCACUGACGCGGCCAGUGCCCAGACUGUGUAUCGCGUGGCCUUGCCUUUGGCUGCACAGGUGCUAAUUCCUCUGACACUCAACUUCAUGCCAGAAAAACGUGGACCCUUUUGCGUGGCGACAGAAAAGUUACUAGAGAGUCGAGGCAUGUUUCUCAUGGCCCUCAUGGUUGCCGCUGUUUCCGUGGGUCUAGCGAUCGUGAGUCUGACUUCGAUCGGGGGGUUGGCUUUUGGUUACUGCAUUUUCGGCUUUGGAUUCUUGUCGGUGCUUCUGUUCCGCACGUUACCACUGCGAAUGGCUAAGUGUAACAUGUAUCUGUUUUGCUGGGCUGUUGGAAAUAUCUCGAUAUCGGGGGCUCUGGAUUACUUCUUCACUGCCGCUCCUGCUUGUCUGCCGGACGGUCCCCACUUUGACUACAAAUACUACUCGACGUACACAACACUGCUUGGGGCACUUGCAACACUGUUGGCCUUGUGGGGUUUCCACAACUUUCUAGUCGAGUGGACCUACGUCCAGGUGGCUUGGGUGACAUCCGUUGUGAAGGCGCUGGCAGCUCUGUUUGAUUACAUCAUUGUGCGCCGACUGAAUGUGCUAGCAGGCAUUCCGGAUGCUGCGAUCUACUUCUUUGGGGAUGCAAUUGUCGUCAACCUUAUCCGUACCCUCCACAACGCGCCAGAAUACAUGUUGAUCGCCAAGCUCUGUCCCCGCGGCCUGGAGGUAACCGCUUACGCCAUUCUCGACGGCAUCAGCUACGCUGGAUACAACAUAGCAGCGCAAGUAGGGGCGUUAUUGACAAGCAGAGCUAAUGUGGCCACUACAGAGGCUGAAGGAUGCGACUUUUCAAAUCUCGGCAUGCUCGUUCUUGCAACACAAGUGGCUGUCCCCAUUUGCCUUGCACCUUUGGCGUCCAUCCUACUCCCUCGUGUCCCCAUUUCGGCAGACCUCCCUUCCGAGGAGACUCAGUCACCCGACAACCGAGAGCGCUCACCCACGGUCGACCGAAGAAGUACAGAAGAACUGGAUGAAGAUGAAACCCACGUGCUGCAUCAACGCGCGUGCAAUCGCGCUGCCGCUGAAUCUCAGGCGGAAGCUCGGAACAAAUGCACGAGUCUGUCAGCAGUCCAUCCGGCUAACUCUGUGCCAACAGAGGUUGACAAGCAACCGCUUCAGUCAACAGAAAAAACUUGUGAUACCUCCACUACAUAGGAAGUAAACUCGUUAUCACCGGCACUAAUUCUGCUACGUAUAGAUUGGUAGUGGUUGGUUCACCCUGUUAACUACAUCGGUGAUCUUGGCGUCAGUGCUUAUCUAUGCUAGCGUCACCUGGAGUUGAUAAUGCACCGGCGAUCUCACGAAUGUUUUGUUCGCAAUUCAUACAAUCUAGUCAGUGGAUGUGGUAUUACUUGGGCGUAUAUAGAAAAAAUGAUAUUUCAAAGCAUUAUAUGUAGUCAUAUUCCGCAUACAUCCUAUAUGGUAGAUGUAUCUUACUGCGGAGUGGUUCUUCGCUUAUUCUAAACCAACACUGUUAAAUUUCUCCAGCGUUUCAAGUGACAGGAGCAUUUGUGCCAGGGGUGUCUGUCUUUUGGUUCAUCCCGAAUGCUCUAUAGACGAAUGUGGAAAAAUUUGGACGGAGCGUGCAAUGAGGGCAUCCGACUAUCCAGCGGCACCGUACUUAGACGAGUUCUGCUCCUCGAGAAGAAAGGCUGGUCCGAAAUCCUCACUCGACACCUCUCAUCCUAACAGAACGUGGACAGGAAGCCAUUCUAUCUCGUGAAUGCAUUCAGAAAGCAGAAAUGUGUAUCCUGGGGGUCGGGAAUCACCCGCUGGUCGCACGAUGAUGACAGAUUUUCAGAAAUGUGACUCGUCAAAUGCCACACACGUGUGACUUUGAUUCAAAGUAGUUCCUCUCCCCACCUGAAUCUCCCACUAAGUUUGUAUCUCAUGCCAAACAAACCGUGGAACCGUACCAAAGUUGUGCGCGGGGGGGGGGGGCGUUGGAACCAGAUCCGGAUUAGAAACGCAGUUAUUCAGUGAGCCUGACAGGACAAACAGUAGCAGGAA